GGAAGUAGGACCAUGAACUUCUGAAGUUGCUGCUGCUGCUGCUGCUCCUCUCUCCCUGAAAGAAGAUUGAGCUUCACCCCAGACUGCAACUUCCUUCCUCUCUCCAACAUCUACUAUCUGAAGACAAAAGUUUCAAAGUCAACAGAUAAAGGGCUUAUGCCCAAAAUGUUGAUUCUUCUGCUUCUCUGAUGCUGCUUGCCUUGCUGCGCUUUUCCAGCGACGCAUUUUUUGAUUCUGACUCUCCAGCGUCUCCAGUCCUCACUUUCACAUCAAUGUCUGACAGUCACUCAGUCCAUCAGGACCGCAACAAUUUUCAACUGAUUCUGUGAGAAGGAGCAACGCGUUCUCUUUGGUUCCUGUUUGAGUACGGGGGGACUGGUUGAAAGACUCUACUGUUGCAGCGCAGUGUGUGUGGAGCCUGAAACAACUCUACUGCGUGGAAAGAGGAAUUCAUUGCGGGAUUGUACACGUGUGUGUGUGUGUGUGUGUGUGUGCAGCUGAAGCUUCAGCCAUGGAGAAACCUGAGGAAACACGCCCCGUUGAGAAACCAUGGAAGUGUGGUGACUGUGGGAAGGGCUUCCGUGUCCCACCUGUCCUAGCGGCUCAUCAGUGCAAUCACACUGGGGAGAGGCCGUUCUCCUGCCCCGAGCAGGCGAAGGGCUUUACUUGCUCCUGUGUCCUGCUGGCCCACCAGCAAAUACAGACUGGUGAGAGGACGUUUUACUGCUCCAUGUGCGGGAAAGGGUUCACUUGGGUGGACAACUUCCAGACCCACCAGCGAUUCCACGCAGGGGAGAGGCUCUUCAGUUGCCAUGAGUGUGGGAAAGCCUUCAGCAAUUCCUCCGACCUGCUGAAGCACCGGCGAGUCCACACGGGGGAGAGGCCAUUCAGCUGCCCCGAAUGCGGGAAGGCCUUCAGCGACUCCUCCAACCUGCUGAGGCACCGGCGGGUCCACACGGGGGAGAGGCCCUUCAGCUGCCCAGAGUGUGGGAAGGCCUUCAGCAAUUCCUCCAACCUGCUGGCCCAUCAGCAGGUCCACACAGGGGAGAGGCCCUUCAGCUGCCCAGAAUGCGGAAAGGCCUUCAGUAAAUCCUCCAACCUGCUGGCCCAUCAGCGGGUUCACACGGGUGAGAGGCCCUUCAGCUGCUCAGAGUGCGGGAAGGCCUUCAGCAAUUCCUCCGACCUGCUGAGACAUCGGCGAAUCCACACGGGGGAGAGGCCUUUCGCCUGCCCAGAGUGUGGUAAGGCCUUCAGCAAUUCCUCUGACCUGUUAUCCCACCGACGGGUCCAUACCAGGGAAAGGCCAUUCAGCUGCCCCAAGUGCGGGAAGGGGUUCAACCGCUCCUCCAAACUGCUGGCCCACCAAUGGGUCCACACCGGGGAGAGGCCGUUUGCCUGCCCCGACUGCGGGAAGGCCUUCAGCAAUUCCUCCGCCCUGCAGGCCCACCAGCAGGUCCACACAGGGGAGAGGCCGUUCCCCUGCACUGAGUGCGGGAAGAUCUUUAGCAAUUCCUCCAUCCUGCUGAAGCACCGGCGGGUACACACAGGGGAGAGACCCUUCAGCUGCCCUGAGUGCGGGAAGGCCUUUACACAGGCGUCCAUCCUGCUGACCCACCGGCGGAUCCACACUGGAGAGAGGCCGUUCUCCUGCCCCGAGUGUGGGAAGGGAUUUAGUCAGGUGGGCAACUUGCAUGUGCACCAGCGGGUCCACACUGGGGAGAAGCCCUUCACGUGCCCUGAAUGCGGGAAGGCCUUCAGCUAUUCCUCGGACCUGCUGAAGCAUCAGCGCGUCCACACCGGGGAGAGGCCCUUCAGUUGCCCCGAGUGCGGGAAAGCCUUCAGCGAUUCCUCCGACCUGCUGAAGCACCGAAGGGUCCACACGGGGCAGAUGCCCUUCAGCUGCCCCGAGUGCAGGAAGGCCUUUAGCGAUUCCUCUGCCCUGGUGAAGCAUCGGCGAGUGCACACGGGGGAAAGGCCCUUCAGCUGCCCCGAGUGCGGGAAAAGCUUUGCCCGGGCCUCCAACCUGCUGACCCACCGGCGGAUCCACACGGGGGAGAGGCCCUUCAGCUGCCUCGAAUGCGGGAAGGGCUUCACCCGCUCUUCCCACCUCCGGAGCCACCAGCGAGUUCACGUGCCAUCGCAGGGUGAUUGAAGGAGUGACGGCCGAGUGCCAUUAUCGACUGGACGAUCAACCCAGUUCCAGGGAUUUCCGGGUUCAAUUCCCACCAUGACAGAUGGUGGAAUUGGAAUUUGGUCAGAAAUCUGGAGUUCAGAAUCUAACGGUGAAACCAUUUUAGGGGUGUGGGGGUGGAGAAACCCCCAUCUGAUUCACUCAGUUGUCCCAGCUGCAUCCUUUACCCGGUCUGGACUGUACGUGACUCCAGACCCACAGCUGUGCACCCACUCCCGCCCCCCCAAAAAAGCCCCUGGCAAAGGAGCGGGGAGAAACUUACUUGGACACAGGGUAUGGGUUGAAAUUGCUGAGUGAGGCAAUACUUCCUCUGGGUUACGGCUGUACCAAGGAUCCAAUUACAAAGAGACAACUCCGUGCUGCCCAAUAUUAAAGGAAGGGAGGGGCGGGGGUCUGUGUGCACUUUGAUCUUGAGGUGUUUUUUUAAAAAUCUACUAUGCUUUCUCUGCCUUUUUGCUGGGGGUGGUGGAAUCUGAAGCUGUAACAAAGUUGGGUCACAAUAAAGGUUACCUGAAGUUA